UUUGCAGUUGUUCUGCAAUAUUCCCCUGUGGUCCCAAGGUUAUUUGGUGAGUUUUGUUUUCAGUAAAAGUAGAUAUGCAACACACUGGUGCAAAGGAUACUCAAGUUCGUGAAAGCAACAACCAAAAAGUUCAUCCCCAACCAAUGGAAGAGGCAACAAAUAAGAGUCCUGAAGCUAUGGAAGCAUUAGUGUCUAGGAUAUUUACAAACAUCUCCUCACUGAAGUCGGCUUACAUUCAACUACAAGCUGCUCAUACUCCUUAUGAUCCGGAUAAAAUUCAAGCUGCCGACAAGCUUGUAAUAUCAGAGCUAAAGAAUCUUUCUGAACUCAAGCAUUUCUACAGAGAGCACAACCCCAAGCCUGUCUGUGUCUCUCCACAAGACUCUCGUUUAGCUGCCGAGAUUCAAGAACAGCAGAGCCUAUUAAAGACAUAUGAGGUCAUGGUGAAAAAGUUUCAGUCUGAAAUUCAGAAUAAAGAUACUGAGAUUGUUCAAUUGGAGCAGCAGAUCCAGGAUUCCAGUCAGAAACGAGUAAAACUUGAGAAGAACCUGAAACUUAGGGGCUUGUCUACGAAAGAAUCAGAAGGAAGUAGUGGUGAAAUGGGACAGAUUUCAGUGGAUUUAUCUCCUGAACUUUUCAGUUCAGCUGUAGAAGCUGCUUUUAGGGCCAUUCAUGACUUCUCCAAGCCCUUAAUCAACAUGAUGAAAGCAGCUGGGUGGGAUCUUGAUGCCGCAGCAAAUUCCAUUGAACCAAACAUUGUCUAUGCAAAAAGGGCUCACAAAAAAUAUGCUUUUGAAUCUCAUAUAUGCCAGAGAAUGUUUAUUGGGUUUCAGGAUGAGUGUUUUGGUAUGAAAUCAGAUAACCAGGCUGAGACAAAAGAAAGUUUAUAUCAGGAGUAUCUUAGUUUGAGAGAAAUGGAUCCACUUGAUGCUGUGGGACAGAAUCCAGAUUCAAUGUUUGGAAAGUUUUGCCAGAGGAAAUACCUUGAUGUUGUCCAUCAAAAGAUGGAAGCAUCAUUUUUUGGUAACUUAGACCAACGGAACUACAUAGUUGGUGGAGGGCAUCCAAGGACGGCCUUGUACCAGGCUUUUCUGAAAUUAGCUAAAAUGAUCUGGCUUUUGCACCGGCUGGUGCAUUCAUUUGAUCCUCCAGUUAAGAUUUUUCAAGUAAAGAGGGGCAAUGAGUUUUCAGAGGUUUAUAUGGAAAGUGUUGUGAAAGAUUUUGUUGUAGAGGAUGGCGAUGAGAAGCCCAAGGUCGGUCUGAUGGUAAUGCCAGGAUUCUGGAUAGGUGGUAGCAUCAUCCAAUCUCAAGUCUACCUAACAGGUAUUAAGGUCGCAGAAUGACACCUCCUUUCCUUUCUACUACUCC